AUGGAAAGUACAAUUGAAAAUCAAUCAACAGAUUCAAAGAAAUCACUACGAUUUGAGUCUGAUUUAGAAGAGGAGGCUGAAGAACCCAAAAAUUAUAAGUCCAUUGAUGAUGAAAUUCCAGAUACUUUCACUGGUUAUGGUUUAACGUCAACUAUUGGUUGCUUUUUCUUCAAUUUUAAUACUUGGGGUGCCAACUCUGCGUAUGCAUUGUAUUUGGAGCACUACUUGCAAGCAAACACUUUCGAAGGUGGAAACAAGUAUCAUUACGCGGCAAUUGGAGGAUUGGCGUUUGGUUCAGGUCUACUUUUUGCACCCUUCAUCAACUUUAUCGUUGGUAAGAUUGGUGUCAGAGUAACAAUUAGCAUUGGAACGUUGAUUUAUUUUGCCGGUGACUUUAUGGCUUCAUUUGCCGUAAAUUUGUGGGAGAUAUACAUGACCCAAGGUGUUCUUGCAGGUAUUGGAAUGUCACUUAUAUGUGUUCCUAGUAUCAACAUUCUACCUCAGUGGUUCAAAGGUGGUAAAGGUGGUAAGAGAAACUUGGCCAUGGGUAUCCAAGCUGCAGGCUCCGGUGUGGGUGGUAUCGUUUAUAACAUUGGUAUGCAGCAUGUUUUGCAAAAUCAAUCUUUCAGAUGGUCAUUAAGAGCCCAAGCAAUUAUGUGUUUUGGUAUAAAUAUUUGCUGUAUUUUAAUGGUGAGAACAAGAAAUGCAAAUAUCAAACCUGUUUAUAAGGUCUAUGAUCAUCAGAUUUGGACAAGCAUUGCAAGUUUAGGGCUUUCACUCUGGAUUGUUUUCACAUCUUUGGGUUACAUUAUUUUAAUGUAUAACCUCGGUGAUUUCACUAGGUCUUUAGGAUAUUCCGCACAUCAAGGCUCAGUCGUAUCCAGUAUGGUUGCCGUUGGAAUCAUCUACGGAAGACCAAUAGUUGGUUAUGUUGGGGAUAAAAUCGGACCAAUUAAUGUCACCAUGCUUGCAUCAUGGCUAGUCUCUCUCUUUUCACUAGCUAUGUGGAUUCCAUGUAGAAAUUACGCAACGGCAAUUGUUUUCGCAAUGUUUGUGGGAUCACUCAUGGGUACCAUGUGGUUAACCAUAGCUACUAUAAGUGCACACAUUGUCGGUAUGAGAAAGGUGGGAAUUUCAAUGGCAUUGAACUGGAUCAUUGCUGCAAUAUUUGGAAUCGCCGCCCCAAUUAUCGGUAUUUCAUUGAAGAAAGAUGGACCGGAUUCACCAACACAGUAUCAGCCUGCGUCUAUCUUUGUUGGCUUAAGUUAUUUCAUAGCUGGCUUUUCACUUUUCCUAUUGCGUGCUUGGUUAAUCACAAGAAAUAAAAUACUGGAGACUGAGGAACAUGAUGAUGAUGACUUUCUCAAUGUCCACGUGGAUUCGAAAAGUGUGAUGCAAAAUAUAUUCAGUAUGUCAAGAGUUUGA